GUGUAGGAGGAAAAUAUUACAAUGAGUCACCAUCCUCCAGUUUCCUGUAUUCCAAACACCACGAAGAUGUCGAAAGCUAAGAAAGUUAUUGAAGAAGCGCGGGAGAUAAACAAUCCCGAGAUAGAUUUAGUGGAUAAAGGGAUCUCGAACCUGGAGGAGAUACCUGGGUUGUUCACACUUGCCAACAUCACCCGUCUAUCCCUGAGCCACAACAAGAUCUCAACCGUACCGGCUGGUCUCGCCAACUUGAUGAACUUGGAGAUCCUGAAUCUUGCCAACAACUACAUCGAAGAACUACCUGUCAGCCUAUCUUCAUUACCCAAGCUCAGGAUCCUCAAUGUAUCGCUUAACAGGCUGUAUACUUUGCCGAGAGGCUUCGGAGCGUUUCCAGUGCUGGAGAUAUUGGAUCUUACGUACAAUAACUUGAAUGAGAAGACAUUGCCGGGGAAUUUUUUCAUGAUGGAGAGCCUCAGGGCUCUGUAUUUGGGAGAUAAUGACUUUGAGCUACUUCCAGCUGAAAUUGGGAAUCUCAAGAAUCUACAGAUUCUAUCGAUGCGUGAGAAUGAUCUCAUCGAAGUGCCUCGUGAGUUGGGACAACUGGCGCGCCUUCGUGAGUUACAUCUGCAGGGCAACCGCCUCGUCGUAUUACCACCCGAAAUAGGAAGCAUGGACCUAGCAAGCAACAAAUCUGUGCUGCGUCUCGAGGGCAACUUCUGGGUGCCACCGAUCGAGGACCAGCUUAAGUUAGGUCCCAGCCACGUCCUAGACUACCUGAAGUCUGAAACCUACCGCGUGUUGUACUCCCGGCACGUGUCGGCUCGCCCGCCGCCGCCGCCGCAGACGCUGGAUAAGAGCAAGAAGGCCAGCCGUGCGAGGUCUUGAAAUGUUUCUAACACGACUUUGAACUUUAUGUACAAUAGUUAAGUUCUAUAUUUAAAUGGCAGGGCCAAUGGACGACUCGAGGGCGCGGUGAUGGGUCUCUAUUGUUUCCCAUAUAGUUUUAAGUCAUAAUGUAUUGUUUGUCCGAAUUUUCGUUAGUCAUAAUUUGGUUUUUCUCAGAAACGUAACUUUUCAGGAUUGCCAUAAAACAAACCUAACCUAACCUAUCUACAGGAUAACCUGAGGAAAAUCCUGAAAGGUUAACGGUUUCAGAAUUAUGACUAAUGAUAAUAUGACAAUCAUUACAUUAUGACUUACAAUAAUUAUGUCAAACAAAGGGACACUUAAAUAUGAAUUGUAAAGUAAUGUACAAAAGGUUCAAAUUCCUAAAUUAUACUUUCUAUUUUUAAAAGUUGCUUGAAAGAGCAAGGCCGAUAGGUUUUAACUGUUUUUAAUACCUAAACGGGUCUCUAUUGUUUCUCAUAAAGUUUUAAGUCAUAAUGUAUUGUUUGUCCGAAUUUUCGUUAGUUAUAAUUUAGUUUUUCUCAGAAACGCGCAACUUUUCAGAGUUGCCAUAAAACAAACAACGUACUUAAACUAUCGUGACAUAUUUCAAAAUAUUUAUCAGUACGGUUUUUACUCACUAUUAUUUUUAGUCGCUUUUGGCGACAUGUUUCGGAUUCUUUGGGAAUCCAUCCUCAGGCACGAGUGUCCGCGGCGGUUGUGCGUCGUGCGUCGUGAAAGAAUCCGAAACAUGUCGCCAAAAGCGACUAAAAAUAAUAGUGAGUAAAAACCGUACUGAUAAAUAUUUUCAAACCUAACGUAUUUAUAGGAUAACCUUACGAAAAUCCUGAAAUGAUACCGGUUUCAGAAUUAUGACUAGUGAUAAUCUGACAAUCAUUAAAUUAUGACUUUCAAUAAUUAUGUCAAAAACGGGAUUCCUACCUGAACAUUACCUCAAUGUCCCUACUUGCGCGAUGUGCGUGGUAGAGUUAAUGAAGUUCGGCGUAUGUUAUUUGUACGUAUGUGAGGACAUAGCAUAAAAUUAAAAAGAUAAAAAUCUGUGUGCCAUAACAUCUUAAACUAUUUUUAUUUAUUUAUUUUAUUUUACUAAUUAUAAUUACUGAAAAGUAUUAACAGUUUUAACGAAUAUUAUGUAUUGGUUGUGUUGUAUGUAAUUAAAACAAUUUAUUUGAAUAAAUAUAACUUUAUUCAUCUGGAUGAAACAUACAAAAUCUUAAAACGAAUUGAACAAUGUCACACAAGAUAAUAUUAAUUAAUGAAGAUCAAUUGAAGUGCACUUGACGAGAUAUUUUUAAGAGAAAUUUAAUAGAAUUAUUCUUAUAAUUAAAUGGUGCUAGCCUAAGACACAAUUAUUUUACAAAUCAACAAGUUUUUUAUACAAUUAAAUUAUUACUAACUA